CACAGGCACACACCACAUCAGUUGCCCGUAGAGCCAAGGAGUUGGUUGGAUGUGCCUGGGACCCGGAACCUACCUGACAUGGAGAGGACAGUGCCAAUUGCUUUCCCGGUGAAUGAUAACAAGGACCCUAGGCAUUCAAGCUCCCCAUACACACCAGAGCUGCACCAAGAAAUUCCGAAGUCAAACUACUUAAAUGAGAAGAUCCCAAUUCCUGACACAAAACCAGGAAGGUUCAGCUUCCGGAAGUUGUGGGCCUUCACAGGACCAGGAUUCCUCAUGAGCAUAGCUUUUCUGGAUCCUGGAAAUAUUGAAUCUGACCUACAAGCUGGAGCUGCAGCUGGAUUCAAACUGCUGUGGGUACUGUUCUGGGCCACUGUCCUGGGCUUACUAUGUCAACGCCUGGCUGCCCGUCUUGGGGUGGUGACUGGCAAGGACCUGGCAGAGAUCUGCCAUCUAUAUUACCCCAAGGUGCCCCGGGUCCUGCUCUGGCUGAUCAUGGAAAUGGCAAUCAUUGGUUCGGACAUGCAGGAGGUCAUUGGCACAGCCAUCGCCUUCAGCCUGCUCUCUGCCAGGAGGAUUCCCCUCUGGGGCGGUGUUCUCAUCACCAUUGUUGAUUCGCUCUUCUUCCUUUUCCUGGAUAAUUAUGGGCUGCGGAAGUUGGAAGCCUUCUUUGGGUUCCUCAUCACCAUCAUGGCUCUGACCUUUGGCUACGAGUACGUGGUGGUGAAGCCAGACCAAGGGGCAUUGCUCAAGGGACUCUUUCUGCCCUCCUGCUCAGGCUGCGGUCAGCCUGAGCUCCUGCAGGCAGUAGGCAUCGUGGGAGCUAUCAUCAUGCCCCACAACAUCUACUUACACUCUGCUCUGGUCAAGUCCAGAGAGAUUCAUCGUUCCCAAAGACAAGAAAUCCGAGAAGCCAACAUGUAUUUCCUGAUAGAAGCUUCCAUCGCUCUGUUUGUCUCCUUCCUCAUCAACCUGUUUGUCAUGGCAGUCUUUGGCCAAGCCUUCUAUCAACAUGCCAACCAGACUGUGCAUGAUGUAUGUGUCAAUGGGAGUCUCUCUUCUUACACCUCAUUUCUCAAGGAUGACCAGCCUGUGACUGCGGACAUUUACCAGGGGGGCGUGAUUCUUGGCUGCUUCUUCGGCCCUGCUGUCCUCUACAUCUGGGCUGUGGGCAUCCUGGCAGCUGGCCAGAGUUCUACCAUGACAGGCACCUAUGCUGGGCAGUUUGUGAUGGAGGGCUUCCUGAAGCUCCGCUGGUCACGGUUUGCCAGAGUCCUCUUCACCCGCUCCUGUGCAAUCCUCCCCACCAUCCUGGUGGCCAUCUUCAGGGAUGUACAAGACUUGUCUGGUUUGAAUGACUUGCUAAAUGUGCUACAGAGCCUGCUGCUCCCCUUUGCUGUGUUUCCCAUCCUUACCUUCACCAGUAUGCCCGCCAUCAUGCAGGAGUUCACCAAUGGCGUGAUAUGCAAAAUCACCACAUUCCUCAUCAUGGGUCUGGUCUGUACCAUCAAUGCCUACUUUGUAAUCAGUUACCUGGAGGGGCUUCCACAUCCCGGAUACUAUGGGCUGGUGGCUCCACUGGCUGCUGCCUACCUUGUUCUCUUCUUCUACCUGAUGUGGACCUGCUGCAUCGCCCACGGGGCUGCUGUCCUGAUGCAUCGUUCCCACCAGCAGUUCCUUUACGGGCUCCCAAAAGAAGAGAAGGAGGAGGGGAGUCCCACCAGCUGAGCCCCCAUCCCCUGGGGCCAGGGGAGGGCAGGGGGAGGAGGGGGGAGUCCCACCUGCCUAACCGCUGGAAAUCUCGGCUUGCGGCCCCUCACAUUAGGUCAGGGUUAACAGAGGGUCAAGUAGUAAGAGAGGAAAGGGAACGGUCCCAGGUCGGGGGACCCCUUCGCCCUUGAACUUCAGGACACUGAGUGAAAGAGAGGGUAGGGAAGCGAGAAUAAAGUAUUGAUAACGGGAGAGAGGAAGAUUGGAGCGAAAACCAAACCAAGAAUCCCUCAAACUCUAGGAUUACUGGGGUCCUUUACUUCUUGCACACAUCUUAGUAGAGGAAUGGGAUUCAGGGUCGCCCCCUCUCUCCCACCAGCUCUGUACCCAUUUUCCAGGCGGGAACACAGAGUUACGGUUCACGCCCCAGUCGGGAGCCCUUGCCUUCCGGGCUCGGCUCAUUUGUCAUCUCCCCGGGAAAGGCCAGGCGUCCGCAACUCCCACGCCUCGCUCAUUAGAGGCGACCCACAAGUCCCUCACGUCUGCUCCCUCAAGGGGUAGGAAAGUCCCCAACUUGGGGCACCCUCCAAGGGGCCACCGCGAGGUCAGCAGGGUCUCGGAGCGCUCUCAGCUCUGACUGGGGAGAGUGGGUGCUCUCACCUUUCAGUUUACAGAACUUGGGAGGCCCGGGGAAGCCCCAGGGAAUGGCUGGGGCUCCCCCUCCCUCCCCCUACGCUCAGCGCCCGAGAGGCUCUUUAACGACGGUCCCUGAGCCGUUUCAAGGCUCCCCCAGCUCCCUCCUCCCUCUCUGCCUCCCGCCUCCACUCGCAGAAGUCCGGAGAAAGGGCCUGGGGAAUUCAGGCUGGGGGCGCUGCAUUCCAGGGCCCGGGGCUUUCUGGAGAUGGAGGUGCAUGAGGAAUAGGGGCGCUGGGGUGGGCGCCCAUCUCCAAGAACCUCCAAGUCGGGCUGUCCGGACCCGCUUCGGGGCUGGGGCGCUUGUUUUUGAGAAGAAUUUCCUCUUUCUUAAAAGGGCGACGGCUUAGGUGGGGCCCCUAGUGUAGGAGAGAUGGGGCGUGGUGUAGGGAGAGGAGAAGGAAAGGGAAGCGAAGGGUGGGGAGGGGAGCCACCCAAAUAGCCCGGGUGAACUGACCAGCCCCCAUUUCAUCUCCCUUUCCCCUAUAAACCGAUGCCACGCUCCUAA